CUGUCAGAGAAACAACGUCAAGAAAACAAUCUGACAAUCGUCUCGGUUGUCACUUGUGCCAUAGAAAUUGCAUACUACUUGUAUAUCUUAUAUGCAUUCCCUAUUCAAGCUCAUGUGAAUACCAGGGUAUUCUUUCUACUGUACAAUGUAUUCAAUGACAUCUACGCCGGAGCAUCAGCAUGGCUCAUUCUUUCGUUCUCAACGACUCUGCAGCAGCAUCUUCGCAACCAACUAAGGUACUUUAUCUAA